GCUUUUUUAUUAUGAAUGUUUAUCCGCAUAUUGAAUCAUUAUUUUUUGUUGCAUUUGGACAGUGAUCUUGGAAAUCAGGACCUUUCUGGUACACUGGUUUCAAACCUUGGUCAUCUCUCCAAUUUGCAAUACUUGGAACUUUAUAAUAAUCGUAUAACAGGUAAAAUCCCCGAAGAGCUAGGAAAUUUGGCAAACUUGGUGAGCUUGGAUCUUUACUUGAACAAUAUAAGUGGUACUAUACCCAAUACAUUGGGCAAACUUCAAAAACUACGUUUCCUGCGUCUCAAUGAUAAUACUUUGAGUGGCCGUAUUCCCGUGUCUUUGACAAAUGUUUCUACGCUGCAAGUUCUUGAUCUCUCAAACAACAAUCUAGAAGGGGAUGUUCCAGUGAACGGUUCAUUUUCAUUAUUAACCUUUGUCAAUUAUCAAAACAAUCCUCACUUGAAACUACCAAAAAUUAUUCCUGAGCCACUUUCUCCACCAUCACCAGCUUCUUCAGGUAGCAGUAAUACUGGAGCUGUUGCUGGAGGAGUUGCUGCGGGUGCGACUCUGUUGUUUGCAGCCCCUGCAAUUGCACUUGCUUGUUGGCGAAAAAGAAAACCACGUGAUCAAUUCUUUGACGUUCCUGCGGAAGCUGAGGAGCAUCCUGAAGUUCACCUUGGUCUGCUUAAAAAGUUUUCUCUACGUGAGCUGCUUGUAGCGACAGAUAACUUCAGUGAAAAAAAUUUCCUAGGUUGGGGUGGAUUUGCAAAGGUUUAUAAAGGACGUUUAGCUGAUGGCACUCUUGUAGCAGUAAAAAGAAUUUCUAAGAAACAUAUACUACAUAUGGAGCUGGAUUUUCAAAGAGAAGUUGAAAUGAUCAGCAUGGCUGUGCAUCGUAACAUACUCCGGCUUCGUGGUUUUUGCAUGACGUCUACUGAACGCUUGCUUGUGAGUCCUUACAUGGCCAAUGGAAGUCUAUUAUCACGUUUACGAGAACGAAAUGAUUCUGAACCGCCGCUUGAGUGGCCAAUGCGGAAGAAUAUCGCCCUGGGAUCUGCGAUGGGGCUUGCUUACUUGCAUGAUCAUUGUGACCCUAAGAUUAUUCAUCGUGAUGUGAAACCUGCAAACAUAUUUUUGGAUGAGAACUUCGAAGCUGUUAUUGGAGAUUUCGGUUUAGCAAAGCUUAUGGAUUACAAAGACACCCAUGUAACAUAUACUCGGAUUUGUGGUACGUUUGGGUAUAUGGCACCUGAGUACUACAUAAAUGGAAAGUGUUCAGAAAAGAAUGAUGUUUUUGGAUACGGAGUGACGCUGCUUGAAUUAAUAACUGGACAGAGGACUUUUGAUCGAGGACGUCUUGCCAAUGAUGAUGCUAAUAUAUGGCUACCUAAUAAGGUUAAAGGACUUCUCGAAGACAAAAAGUUGGAAACACUUGUAGAUGCAGAAUUGAAGGGAAAUUAUGAUGUUGAUGAUAUAGAACAGUUAAUCCAAGUGAGUUUACUAUGCACACAAGAGUCCUCAAUGAAAAGACCGAAAAUGUCUGAGGUGGUGAGAAUGCUAGAAGGUGAUGGUUUGGCCAAAAAAUGGGAGCAAUGGAAGAAAGAAGAGACAAAUCGACAAGAAUUUAACAAUAACGAUAUGCAUAACCGUAAUGCAAAUUGGAUAAUAGUAGAUUCAACUGAACAUAUCCUGCCAGAUGAACUCUCAGGUCCUAGAUGAUCCCUUUGAAGAUUCUAUCAUAUCGACAAGUGAAUAAACUAUACUUCGUCUGCCUGAAAAAGAUAAACUUCAUGAUUUGCACAUAUGCUUUUCACCAUCAUAUCUUUCAAUAAUUAUGGGAUAAGUAUUGUAUUGUAUUCAGUUUUUUUUUUUCUUUGGACUUGGAAAUGAGUAGUAUCUGAGGAGGUUGCUAUGAUUUUGUCUUUCUAAUGGUUGGAAUUGGACUUUCUCUGCAUAUAUAUGUUUGAAAGAUAAUGGAAUCUACUUUUCAAGUUCA